AUGCUUUUAUCUUCAACCUUAGACUCCUUCCGCCAGGGACUGCCGAUCAGUGAGCUUCCUCGAACAUUUCAGGAUCUGAUUGUGCUUGCCCGGGCAUUCGGCGUUCGUUACAUGUGGAUCGAUGCCCUCUGCAUCAUCCAGGACUCUACUGAAGACUGGGAGCACGAAGGUGCCGCCAUGUGGAAGGUUUACGCGAAUUCGCUUUGUACAAUUGCAGCUACCGCCUCUAUAAGUCCAGAAGAUGGCUUGUUUCGGAAGAGAGACCCCGUACCAUUCACUCGACAGAUCAAGGCUCCUAGCGGACAUCCAUGUCGCGACAAUCAUGAUUAUCAUGUUUUCGAUCCAGGCUUCGCAGAAAGGUGUAUUUCCAGUGGGCCAUUACAGUCAAGAGGCUGGGCAUUCCAGGAGCGAAUCAUGUCGCCACGGGUUCUUCAUUUUUCAGACAGCCAGAUGCUGUGGGAAUGUCGCAAAGAGACCCAGUGCGAAGCAGCUCCUUUCUAUACGACUCUUCUGUCCCAGAAGAGCACAAAAGGGUCAAUCCAACAUCAAGGAAUGAGGAACAGACUGGAAGUGACUGCGGACCACGACGCGGAAUCGUCUGCCUCCUUAUCUUCGUCGACACCUGCGAGAAACCAUGUUGGGAAAGAAUAUGAUGUGUUUCUGGAUGGUUGGAAAUCAGUUGUCGCGAUCUACUCAAACUGUAGCUUGACCUAUGACGAGGACAAGCUACCUGCUUUGGCGGGCCUAGCCAAGGCAUUUCUACGAGACAAACCAGCUCGCACGUAUCUUGCAGGCAUGUGGAGAGAGAAUCUUGAAGGGCAGUUAGGCUGGAAGGUGAACACUCCGGGAAACAGACUCUCCACUCCUUACCGCGCACCUUCGUGGUUCUGGGCAUCGGUGACCAGUGCUAUUGAACCGUCCUUAUAUUAUAAGCUGGAGAAGCUCGGCCACUGUUUCUAUACCAUCCCGAGGAUUGAAAGCGUCAGCUGUGUAACUAAAGGACCACAGUAUUUCGGAAGGGUCUUGAGAGCACACCUUGAGGUCUCCGGUUACCUGGUUUUCCCAAUUGUUCAUAGUAUUGACGGUGAAAAGGAACCCCAGACCUGCCAGUUGCGGAUUGAACACACGUUUAUGUCUGCGUGCCUGUGCUGGGAUACUGUGGAUGUCCGUGCUAGUGUCGGGUUCACAAUUACAUGUCUACCCCUUGGUAUAGAGUAUGAUACUCGUAUUAUUACUUGUAUUAUACUGGAGCAGGUUGGGGGGAAUUCACCCAUCAAGUAUCAGCGAGUUGGUUUAUUGAAGGUUACUUUCGGUCAUGAUCGCAGUGACCAGCUUUGGAGGUUCGGAAUAGAAAAGGGGAUAAAAGAAAAUCGGUCUGUUGCCAAGUAUAACAAGGAGUUUUCUGUCAUACAUAUUGUAUGA